AUGAAUUUAAAAAAAAAUAUGAAUUAUACAAUUACAAAAAAUUAUAAUGAAUUAUCCAAUUCCCAGAAAGAACAAAAAAUUUUAUAUCAAAAUAAUAACAAAAUUGUACUUAAUGAAUCAAAAACUAAUGAUAUAAAGAAAGAAGAAUUAGAUAUGAAAAGUGAAUAUGUGAAUAUUCAUGAUCACUUUAAAGGUGAUAAAGAUGCAUUAAACAUCUCUUAUAAUUUAAAUAUGGAAUUUAAUAAAAAUGAAAAUAAUAAAGUUAAAUAUUUGAAUUCUCAAAAUAAUGAAUUAUUAUCAAAUGCUUAUUUUGAAAAUAUGUUUUCUCCAUAUACAAAUAAAUAUUUCAAUGAUAACAAUAAUUAUGAUUAUAUUAUUAAUAAUAAUAAAAUAAAUAAUAAUUUUAGAAUUAAUUACUAUAAUAUUAGCAAUAAAAGUAACAAUAUUAAUUACAAAAAGAAUAAAAAAUACAAUAAUAAAGUUUUUUAUACCAAUGAAAAAAAUGCUCCUUUUUUAAAAAGUGAUAAUUUAAAUAAAAAUAAGGAACAAAACAAUAUUCAACAUAAAGAAAACAUUUUAAAUAGUUGUUUUAUGAAUAAUUUUAAUAAAAAAAAAAAUAAUAAGAGAAGUGAGAAUUUUGUUAAUUACAACACUUUGAAAAAGUUUAAGAGUAAUUCUAAUUUAGGUGAUAAUAAUGUAAAUGAUAAUAAGAAUAAUAGUUUUAAUAAGUGUUUGAAAGAAUAUACAUGUGAAAAUAAAAAUUAUUUAAAUAAUGGAAUUCUAAUGAAUCAUAGAAUUAUCGAAGGUAAUAUUAGUCAUAAUAUCAGUACUAAUGAAUAUUAUUUUAAUAAUAAUAAUUUGAAUAUUGUAGAUGAUUCAAACAAACAAAGUUAUGUAAAUAAAAAUAAUAAUAGAAACUAUGGGAAAAUAAAGAAAAGACAUAAAUCUAUGAAUAAUUUCAAUGAAAUUAUGAAAAUAAAAAAGAAAAAUGUAAAUAAAGACACGAAUGAUAAUAUAAAUAACAACAAUGCAGAUAACCAUACACCAAAAUUUAUUUAUUGUAAAUAUUGUGAUAUAAACAUUGAAGAAAAUAAACUAGAAGAACACAAUAAAAAUCAGCAUAUAAAGUGCCCAAUAGAUAAUUGUAAUGAUAUAUAUAAUAUUGAUUGUCUAGAAUUUCAUUUAUUAAAUCAUAUGAAAAAUGAUAAAGAUGAAAAUAUUUUAAAUAAUCCAAAAGAAAUAGAAAAGUGGGUUAAUGAAAGAAAAAAAAAUUAUCCAACAAGAAAAAAAAUAAUGAAUGAUAAAAAUAAUAAAAUACCUAAAAUAAAAAAAAAACCAAGUUGCUUAAUUGAAGAACUAUUAUUUGAAAGGUAUUACUCAGCAAUAGGUAGAAAUUUAUAUUAUAAAAAGGAAUUACAAAAAUCAUUAUUCAUUCCUUUAUUAACUAAAUUAUCUCAGAAUAGUUUUCAUAAUAUUUAUGAGAAUGAUUAUUAUAACAUUUCAAAUGAUAACCUUAAAAGGGAAAAAAAAAAAAAAAAAUUUUCAAAAAAGCAAAUGAUUGACUCUUUAAAUAUUCAUAAAAAGCCACCAUUACUUUAUCAAUUAAUGAAAAAUGAAAUUUAUAUAUAUGAAAAAAAAUUAAUGAAAUGUAUAGAAUAUAUAACAGAAAAUAAUUUUUUUGACAAUACUUUUGAUAAAAAAAAUGAUAUUAUUGAAUUAAAAUAA